CAAUUCUUAUAGUGUUAUUUAUAAUUAAAAUUGGAUAUAAAAUAUAACUUAAUAAAAGAAUAUAUAAAUAAAGUUAAUCUAACCUCAAUCAUGUUUGUCACAUUCAUUUUAGCAUCAAGUUUUAAAUUAUUACUUUUACCGGCUUAUCGUUCAACGGAUUUUGAAGUGCAUAGAAAUUGGUUAGCGAUAACUCAUAAUUUAUCGAUAAAAAAGUGGUAUUACGAAGACACCUCGCAAUGGACAUUGGAUUAUCCACCUUUUUUCGCUUGGUUUGAAUAUUUGCUAUCGUUUAUAGCCAAAUUUUUCGAUCCAAAUAUGUUGGAGAUAAAAAAUUUAAAUUAUCAAUCGUUCGAAACUGUUGCAUUUCAAAGAUUUUCGGUUAUUUUCACCGAUUUAGUGUAUGCUUAUGGGGUUAAAGAGUGUGUUAAGUUAUCGAAAGUCUCUCAAAACGGGUUAUUAACCAUGUUAUUGGUGUUCAAUGUUGGGUUAUUUUACGUGGAUCAUAUUCAUUUUCAAUAUAAUGGAGUUAUGUAUGGAAUUUUGUUGAUAUCAAUUUCAAAAAUGAUUCAGGAGAAAUAUUUAUUUUCGGCGUUUUGGUUUACUUUUUUGAUUAAUAUGAAGCAUAUUUAUGUUUAUUUGGGUCCAGCUUAUUUUAUUUAUUUAUUAAGGAAUUAUUGUUUCACCAAAACAAAGCGGAAAAUUAAUUUUUCUGUUAUUAAUUUUAUUAAACUUGGGGUAAUUGUCUCUAUGGUUUUUUUAGUUAGUUUUUUGCCCUUUUAUGAUCAUAUCCCGCAGGUUUUAUCGCGGUUAUUUCCGUUUAGGCGUGGGUUAUCCCAUGCUUAUUGGGCCCCAAAUAUUUGGGCUUUAUACAAUACGAUGGAUAAAAUGUUGGUUUUUGGUGCUAAAAAGUUAGAUAUUUCAGUUAUAAAUAAUUCAAGUAUGACAGGGGGUCUGGUACAAGAUAUUUUUCAUUCUAUUUUGCCAAAUAUUACACCUUUAUACACAAUGGCUUUAACUGCAAUUUUUAUUUUACCUGGAAUGGUAAAAUUGUGGAAUGUUGAUAAGAAAAGUAAUGAAUUUAUAAGGUUUUUGGUACUUUGUGGAUUAACUUCGUUUUUAUUUGGAUGGCAUGUUCAUGAAAAAGCUAUUUUAAUGGCAAUUAUUCCAUUAAGCUUAUUGGUUAUUUUCGAUUCAGAGGACGCAAAAGUAUUCCUAAUUUUAUCAACAACUGGUUUUUAUUCACUCUUUCCAUUGUUAUUUCCACAAAACUUAAUGAUAUUGAAAGCGCUUUUAUUAUUAAUUUAUGCAAAUUACUCUUUUUAUAAUUUUUGUAAAUUAUAUCCCUUAAAAUGCCUAAAAAACACUUUACCCUUGCUAAAUUUAUUUGAAACAAUUUAUAUUUUCGGUUUUAUCCCGUUGUUUAUUUACGAAAACUUUAUUCAUUUAAUUCUUGGUUUUAAUCUAACAUUACCGUUUUUACCUUUAAUGUUAACAUCUAUUUAUUGUGCAUUUGGCGUUGUUUAUAGUUGGGUGAUUUAUUACAGAAACUUUAUGUUGAAAUAAAAGAUAUAUCUUAAAUAUGGA